AUGGACACCCGGGAAAGGAAGAAGUCCUACUCGGACCUCGAAGCCAUCAUUAUCCCCAAUGAGACCGCUGCUGUGCCCAGCCCAAGCUCAACCACUUUCGCACCUUCCGGCCGCAAAUCGUACUGGAACGAGAAGUUCGCCAUAUCGGAUGGCAGCAGUGCGAACAACAACGCCAACCCAUUCUCAGAUGACAAGGCCGCCGGCCUGUCUCCGGUGGACAGCCCGCAAGUAGGCCCUCCCGCAUAUUAUCUGGUCGACUCAAAGGGUCAAGCACAGGCACUAUACGCUGCGCCUACCAAUGAUGUAAAAGACCCAUUGCCCACACCUGGUUCUCUUGGAGGGAUAGGCGGAGCAGGGAUUUUUGGCGGCGGCAGUGGUGUUGGAGAGCGAAAGACACUAUUCGGUUUGCGAAGGAGCACUUUCAUCGCGCUGUCGGCCGGCAUCGCUUUUCUGAUCAUCGGCCUGCUGGUGACCGUACUCGCAGUCACGGCGCCAUGGACGAAACAUACUGCCGUGUCCUCAGACAGCCCUCCCGUGUCAUCCGAGUCGGCGGGGAUCACCAUGCCCGACUCGAGGCUGGCCGCGAUGAACUGGACCGACGCCACGGGCACGACGUACACGGGCGUCUUCUACCAGAGCUCGAACACCACCGGCAGCGCGCUCAUGGCCGCCGUCAGGGCCUCCACGGCUGACGUGUGGAUGUCGAUCAACAUGAGCGCGUCGGCCAACGCUGCGGGGCUGGACGUCCUGGACGGCACGCCCAUCGCGGCCGCGAGCAACAACGGCCUCUGGAACGUGUACUACCUCACUCCGGCGCGGCAGGUCGCCGAGCUGUACUCGACCAACCCCACGUCGUCUUCGGGCUGGCUGCAGGGCGAGAUGGGCUCCAGCCUGGGGAACCCGGAGGUUGCCCCGGGUAGCGGCCUCGCGGCCAUGUGGCAGAGUUGCGACAACUGCACCGACAGCCUCCUGGUUCUGUACCAGGACGCGGGGACGGGCCAUGUUCAGAUGGCCAAUAUGACGAAGCUGGUUUGGGCCAUGGGAGACGUCGUCAGCACCAGCGCAGCGCCCGGCACGGGCCUCGGUGUCUCGGCUUUCACCGACUUCAACGGCAACGGAUCGACUGGGACAGACCUGAACGCCGUGCGCAUGUACUAUGCAGACGGAGGCGACCUGAUAGAGAAGCUGAAAGGGCCUCUGACCGACUUCCGGCUGGAGACGGGGAACUUUGGAAACCAAAUCACCUCAGACCUCGCUGUUAACCCUUCGCCGGAGAUCGCCUCCCUCACCUUCGGCAACAACGGGUGGACCAACAACAUUGUCCUAACGCUCGACCAGACCACUGGCGCACUGCAGUCCUCCGUCUAUCGCGGAUCCGACUGGGCCGUACAAACGCCCUCCCUAGACGGCAGCCCGGAAAAUGUAACCGACGACGGAUUCUCAGCCAUCGCGGCGACGCAAACAAUGAAAAUGUUUGCUAUCGGAAAGGCAGAUGGAUUGAUUCACGAGUAUCAGACGAACACAACGAAUCCAUUCCAAUGGAAUUGGCAAGGUGUUGUGGACGUUCCCGGGUUAGUGAGACCAUGA